AUGAUGAAGAUCUCCGCACUUGCCGUCGUUGCCGCAAUCGCUAUUGCCAACGUCUCUGGUGCCGACCAACCUGCUUUGCGCUCAGCGACUAUGCCAGUGGAAACAGCACCUGGUACGAUGACGACUCCUGAUGGAGACAAGAAGGAGCAUUUCUGGGGCGGUGGACCUUGGGGUGGACUUGGCUGGGGUGGAGGAUGGGGCUGUUUGUGGCGGCCUUGGUUGGGGUGGGGGGCUGGGGCUGGGGCUGGUAAGAAGACGAAAGACGAAAACGAGGAGGGCAGGAAAUGA